UGCCCGUGUGGCUGUUGCGUGAAGCCGCUGGCCGUUGGGGUGGACACUGGGAAACUACAAGGCGGCGCGACUUCCUUCAGAGGGGCGCUUUAUUCCACCUACCAGACCUUUAUUGACUUAAACGUCACCUCCUGCUGCUUUUAGAGGUUAAAUCAAUUAAGUUUGUUUUCUUUUAAGGAGCACAGGCAGCUAAGAGUUGAAGGGCGUGCAUUUCGUUGGCUCGCCGGCCUGUUAACCCGCUGCCUUUCUCCUCUAGGGCGAAGAGCCGCGAGUCUGUUAGGGAGUUGAGGUCUUGGUGUUGUCAAAGGGAGGGAGCUGUCUCAACCUGCCACCAUUUUGUGCCGGCUACCGAGGAUUGUGGGAGCGAGGCGUCAUUCCGGCCGCCGCCGGCGGGUGGCGCUUCCGGGCCGAUUUCUGGCGACGGGAAGAAUUGGGCAACGAGUCAAAGACUCCGGCUUCAUCCGGCUGGGUUGUGUAGGGGGACACAGAAAGAACCACAAACGCCUCUGUCCCUCCGGGGAAACAAGAUUAUCUAUCCGAGGGCUCGGGAGAGGCACCUCAUUCAGUUUUCAACAUGAACAACGUCCAACCCAUUUUAUUACAGAGUACAGACACUUCGGGCAAUAGUCAGUGUUAUCGGGAUCGACUUGGGUUAGGCUCGAGAAAAGGUGAUGCUAAAGCACGUUGAGUUAUCUAAACAGCACUUCAGGAUGCAUCUAUAAGAUUGUGCAGAGCACAGCUCUGGAUGGCAAGAACAUCCUGAAGCUAAUUCCAGUCUCCAACAAUACUAUACGUUAUAUCCCUACAGUUCCUCUCCCAAUUCCCACCGGCAGCGCCUCUACUAAACUGAACAUGAUCUCUGUGGCAACAACAAAUUGCAACGUCCAGACGUGUCUUUCAAUACUGCCGCCUACCAGUGGGGGGGGAUUAUUGAUCACGUCAGUUGACGCGCCUGUAGGCAUCAGUAACGUCCCUCCAGUCAAAUGUUCACCAGCAAAGAUACCUACAGCAGCAAAUGUUGCACCUUUGCAAUGUCCUCUGACAACAGUUACUUUCUCUGGGAAGCCUAUGCAGACCCUGCCAACUGCUACCCCAUGUCCAGACAAAGAGUCACACAGUAUAAAAACAGCUACAGUGAAAAGUCUGGCCAUGCAGAGAACCCAGCCUCCUCCUGCUUUGUCGUUGGAGCAACUGCUUUACAAAGAUGCUUUGCCAAGUCCAGCAGUGAAAAAUGCCCAGCCUUCUGUCACUUUGGCUCAAGAUAAAAUGAGUUGUAAACUUGCAACAGUUGGUGUGCAGGCUGCAGCUCCAACCCAAGCAUCACUAACAUUACCUAAGGAUAUACAGAGUGAUAAGCAACCUUGUCCUUUGGUGCGGAAGCCUCAAGCAUCUCCUUUAACAGCGGACCACAAGACAUACAUGUUUUUAAAAUCUCCGAUACUGCCUUCUGGCCAUCACCUUCUGAUCCCCGCACAUGCAGAAGUCAAGUCUAUACCAGCAUCUCUACUGCCUCUUGCUAUCCAGCAGAAGAUUUUGCCUACUGCAGCCUCCAACCUUGUUGGUGGGCAACAGUCCUCAAAUGCAUCUCCUGUUGUCAUUUAUGUUUGCCCUGUCCGUACUGUGAAGACGGUACAGAAGCACCCCCCAAGCAAUCAUCCCAAGAACAUAGUUGAGGUCCCCACGGUUGUCAUUAACAGGGCGGGUCCUGGGCCCAGCAUAGCAUUGCCCAGUAGUAGUGCAGCAACCUUUAACGCUGGGCAGGUGGCGUCUCUGAAAUUGGCUAUGCAGAGCAAGCAACAGUUCCUACCACGCUGCCUUAUUCCCGUUAAAUCCUCCAAUAAUUUAGCCUCAAAGAUCCUGAAGAACCUGGCUGAUCACAAAUAUGUGGAAGAAAAGUUGUUAGACUUGAUAACACCGGUGAGAGUUUCACACAAAGACACUCAGGAAGACUUGUUUUCUCCGGCGAAGGAAAAUGCGCUGGUUAUGUACAACAGCAAAGUCUACCUUGUCAUUCAGAAGGGCAACGACUCUUCCAGUCCAGAGCCUGAGACUCUUUCAGCUUCAGAAAGUCUUGGAGAAAAGGAGGCUUCAGAAAGUCUUGGAGAAAAGGAGAGCACCUUGUCUCCUAACUUGCCGCAGACCAAUUCACAGGUUAAAAUCAAGGAAGAACCAAAGGACCCUGACUUCAAUCCGGUCCAGCUGGAAGAGAACCAGCCUGAAGGCUCAUCCAUGAAAGUUUGCAGUGUCCAAAAUCCCAGCAACAUGCACAAGACUCAGUGUGUGCCUGUCAAGUGUAUGUGCACGGAACCAGCUAGUACGAUGGUUGAAGAGGAAAUGGAUAAGCAGUUACAGAAGAAGGCAGGAAUUUGCUCGGAUCUCCGAGUCUGCCUCACCAGGAUCUCCCCUAAGGAGAUCGAACGAUGGGUGAGGACCAAUUCCCCUGCAAUACCUGAAUCCCUACCGUCAUCCAGCAAGCAGAGCAAGAAAGCCGACGAUACCACCAGCAGUAAACCUCAAGUGAAUUUGAUGCUUCCGAUUAAGAAGGAGGAGCCUAUAGAGCCAGAAUAUUGUGCACACCAUACAAGGGAGAUUGAGAUUAAACGUGAGCCUCAGUCACCAGUAAAAAGAAAAAUGGAAAGUGUUGAUAAUUCAACGGAAGUUAAGAAACAGUGUAUGAAAAGAUUAAGCUCAAACUGGGAAUGUGAGCAUGCCUACAGCUCUCUUGCUGUGAACUGUACUGAAAGGCCUACUUCCAUUAAGGAUGAACCCUCCCACACUGACUCUUACUGUGAACAAGAGGAACUUGCCAGCACAGCUGAACCCCACUCGGUACCGGAGAAGCCCGCAGAAGUGGAAUCCUCUCCCACUACAAUUGAUGGCCGCCAUAUGGCUGCCCCCGUUGAUCCUGCACCCAGCAGCUCACCUCCGUCAGGAGGACACUGCUCUGCCUCUGAGAUCGGCACGGCACACCCUUACACUCCUCUUCCCUUGAGUGUUGACGAAACCACACGCGAUGAGAAAAUCAAGCGACUGAAAGAGAUACUGAGAGAGAAGGAGGCUGCGCUGGAAGCAAUACGGAAGAAAAUGAUCAAGGCUAAAUCGUCCGCGAAGAACAAAAGAAAAUGCGAGAAAAACCAGCGUUUAAUUGAGAAGCUGCGUGACGAGAAAGCGGAUCUAAACCGAAAAUCGGAGCUCGCGUACAGUUGCCUCCCGGGGAGAGAUACCGAGGGAGCGGCCUGCAAUAGUCCUCGCAGCAGUGAAAACAUUUUGACCGGCUCACCGAGCACCAGAUCAGGGCCACAUGUAACCGAACCUUCCAAUGAGCCGACGCGUUGCGCAGCGGCGGAUGAAGUGCCCGGCCUCUCGACCGUAACGAAGAACCACUCCCCGACCAUCCCGACACCUUCCAGAGUAAAUAAGACCAGCCGAGACGAGAAAAUCCGGCGGCUAAAAGAGAUUCUGAAGGAGAAGGAAGCCGCACUGGAGACCAUUAGAAAGAAGAAGCUUUCGGCCAGUUAAAAUCAGGGGUCGUUAUUUCGAAGCUUAGAAGCAGUAUCGUCUGAUCUCUUGAAUGUUCAAACUACAUGAAUUUGAAAUGUUUGUCUUUCAGAGAUUAUUUAUACUAUACAGUUGAGCAGUUUUAAAAUAUUUCGAAAUCGGGGUCAGAUUGUAGAGGAGCUAACAAUAAAACUAACAAUUUUAUUACAUCGUAUGCAGUGUAAAAGGGGAUUUUAAUCCACGUUUUCUUCGUAGUUGUGUUUAUGUACAUUGUAUUUGAAGGCUGUAUAUUUUCACGGAAAAUCUGACAGAUUAGGA